AGCGCUGAGUCCCCCCGCCCGGCCCGAAACCUCCGCCCAUGGAUCGGCUGCUGCUGCUCUGCGCUGCUCUCGCCCUAUUUCUGCCUUCUAGCGCCUCGGACAGCGCGGUGCGAUGCGGCCGUCCCAAGGAAGUGGCCAAUGCGAUCAUCGACGCGGGCGACACGGAGCUGCUCCACACCAGCCUGCGUUACACCUGCAAGCUGGGCUACAAACGCAAAGCUGGCACCUCCACCCUCAUCCAGUGCGUCCUCCAUCAUGGCAAGCCUGUCUGGACGUCCACUGAGCUGCAGUGCAUUCGGGAUCCGGCUCUACCUCUGCAAACCCCAAGCCCUGAGCUCUCGACAGUGAGGACAAGCCAAAGAGGAACCAACACCACUUCAGCAGCACUGCCUGUGCCAUCACCAGAGACAUCUGUGCCACCGGCAGUGCCUGAACCACCAGAGAUGCCUACACCAGGAGAGGGGACAGCACUGGGGACAACCCCACUGCCCACCAUCCCCAUAGACAAUACUACAGUUUCCACCCAGACUGUGGCCUCUUCCAUUGGGGUCUCAAUUCUGCUUGUUGUUAGUGUUGCGGGAUUCUGCUACUGGAGGAUGAAAAUGCACGCACAGCAGAGCUAUGUGGUGGCGGUGAUGGCCAUCCCCAUGGUGGCUCCCAGUACCACAGUAGAGAACGAUGAGAUGUUGCCACCUGGUGACAUCCCCAUGGGCUGAGCACCCAGCACAGAGCACAUUGGUGUACCUACCAGCCCAGCUAGCCAGGAGGAUGCUCGAAGCUUGGUGCUUCCCCAAGUGGCAGUGGCAUGAGACAUGUCCCCACGCCCCCAGCUGGCCUUCGAACGGAGCAUCUUCACUCCAGGGACAUGUAGCUGCUCUCCUCAGCCUGAACAAGUGGAUGGGAUCACUCCAGUGCCAAGAGCCAUUCGGUCAUGAACCAACAACCACUGCAAAGGGCUUCAGCUCUAUCACCACUUCAGAGGUCAUCCCCUCGUCCACACUCAGGGAUCUUCGGGGGCAAUUUCAGCGCUGAUGCCAGCUGCUUGCAGGGGACUGCAUUUGGGAGUGAUUUGCUACAAGCACUACCAAAGCCUGAAGACAAGGACAUGGCAAUGAUAUCUGUUGUUAUCCACUAAUUUCCCUCCCCCCUUGCUACAAACUGGAGGUUUUGUACUGAUGUUUUAUACAUAAAGGGUAUAUAUUAUAAUGUAAAAAUACGCACAGAGUGGCUGAUUCUUUAGUUGGGUGUCUUGCCAGCCACAAUGAUGGGGAGGAUAGUGGGAAUGCUGGGACAGACAGGAGCUGGUUUGGAGUGAAAUGCAUCCCUGUAACAGCCAGGGCUUGCUGGCGGUCUUCCAGGUAGGACUGAACCAGAGGAAAGGAGACAUUCCAUGACUGCAGCUCCUCACUGAUGGGUAUAGUGAACACCAAAACUCUGCAUGGGUAGAAGUUGGCUUUGAACAACGAGGAUGGGUGGCUCAUGGUUGAAUACAGAGCUGCAGCUGCAGCAACCCACUGCAAACUCUAAAUGAGCACUGCCAUCCUCUAGAGGCAAAGGGUGAAGGCAAAGUGGGGGAUCAUCACCCAUCUGGCUCAGGUGGAAGGCAAAAAGGGCUUCAUCAGCUAGCUGGAAAGCCAACCCAAUGUGUUCUUUCCUCACUUGUCCUCGUGUUUGUUUCACUGCUUUGGACUGUCACUUUUCUGUGAAGACACAUGAUAAAACAAGGUUUCCUACAAGCCCCAAAUGCCAUGGGAUGGUUGGACAAGAGAUGGAAGGGAAUGCUGGAGGUCUAUGGUCCUGUGUCUGCAAGAGCUUUGCAGUUGUAUUCAAACUUUCAAGUUUCGAGCAAAGUUACCUGCAGUUUUGAUAAGCAGAAAGUCUUCCCGGAGUCACUGCUUCAAAAGCAAAAGGAGAGCCAACAAAAUAGCUGCCAUUCCACAAAUAACAGUGGAAGUCAACAGGAUGUGGGAGCCUUCAACAAACAUUGCUCAUGGCUCCAGGCUGAACGCCAAGAUCACGCCUCUACCUAAACUGGUUUCACUUUUGAUCUGUGUAUGAUGUGGCCUCCGGGACAACAAGCCAAGGUGUUAUCUUCAGGCAGGCAGCAUAAGCCACCCUCUGAUUGACAGGGUCACCAUUCUGCUGGUACCAUUGCUAUUGUGAUGGCUGAAAAACAAAUAUAACCCAGGAAGACUUCUUAAUGGGUGAGGAAAAAACAAAUCAUUAAAGCAGUUGGGUUUUUUUGCCACAAACUUUAUCUCUGUAUUAAAAAUGUUCUCUGGCUUCUUUCUGAUCAGCUGUGUUAGACUGGAAUUAAAUUGAAGCAGUCCUUCAAAUGCAGCCUCUCUUCCCUCAGUGCUUUGCUACAAAGAAAUUAAGCCUGAAGAAACUUCUUGGCUGCAAGUAAGGCAAAUGACUUAAAUUCAGCUGGGAGAGAUUAUGACUUCCUUCUUCCCCAGCGAUCCAGAACUGACAGUGAAAAUGUCCCAGUUGAAACAGGCUCUGGGAAAAAGUUCAUUUUCUAGGAACAACAAGUUUUUCUGGGUACUUCCCAGCAUCAAGCUCCUCUUUUGUUGGAUGAGGAUUUCCCUGAGGCACAAAGUGGUAGAAAAGGCAGGGAAACCCCAGCAGCUUUGUCACUGAAAGUAUUUUCCUGGAGAUGGA